CCUCUUUGGACUCUCUCCAACCUCUGUCCAACCUUCCCCAGCCUCCGUCCAUCCUUCCUGCAGCCUCCUCCUCCUCCUCCUCAGCCUUCACCGACCCUCUUCUGAGCUUCCCCCGACCUUCUCCAUCCUCUUUCCAACCUCUUCCAACCUUCUCCAUCCUCUUCCCAACCUUUCCCCGACCUCCUUCCCCCAACUUCCAACCUUCCCCAACUUCCAACCUUCCCCCAUUCUCUUCUCAACCUUCUCCCAGUCUCCUCCAACUCCCUUUUUCCCACCUCCCGGCCACCUUCCCGACCCCUUUCCCCCCGUUCCCGGCCAUGUCCGUGUCCAUCCCUCUCCGGAGCGGCGCGGCCGUUCCGGGCCGUUCCUUCUCCUCCCGCUCCUUCUCGGCGGGUCCCGCGCUGAGGAUGAGCUCGGCCUCGGCCUUCGGCCCCUCGGGGGGGCUGCGCCGCGGCCCCGGCGCCUUCCGGGGGUCCGGGGGGGUGCCGGGGGUGCCGGGGGUGGGGAUCACGUCCGUCAGCGUCAACAGGAGCCUCCUGACGCCCCUGGACGUGUCCGUGGAUCCGGAGCUGCAGGAGCUGCGCCGGGAGGAGAAGGAGCAGAUCAAGACCCUCAACGACAAGUUCGCCGCCUUCAUCGACAAGGUGCGGUUCCUGGAGCAGCAGAACAAGCUACUGGAGACCAAGUGGGGGCUCCUGCGGGCGCAGCCGCCCCCCCAGAGCGGGCUGGGGGGGCUCCUCGAGAGCUACGCGGGGACCCUGCGGCGGCAGCUCGAGGGGCUGGGGCAGGAGCGGCAGCGGCUGCGGGCGGAGCUCGGCCACGUCCGGGGCAUGGUCGACGAGUUCAAGGCCAA